AUGCAGAUAACUAAAAUCACGGCUUUAAUCUUCUGUCCACUGGUCUUUCAAGGCGUGCACGCUUCGUUAUAUGGAGAAAGUAACCUCAACCAUACUUGUGAACUGAAAACGCCCCAUCUAUCCUGUUCCAGGAAUGCAUCUCCCAGCAUCACCGACUCCUGCUGUACCGAAACAUUUGGGGGUUUGGUUCUCAGUACCCAAUUCUGGGAUACAUAUACGGGCCGUGAAUCUGAGGAUCAAUUGUUGCCGCAGAACUCUUGGACUUUGCAUGGGCUGUGGCCAGACUUUUGUAAUGGCUCUUAUACGCAAUAUUGUGAUUUGAGUCGUCAAUAUGAUCCCGUUCCAUCUCCCAAUACCACAACUGGGACAUCUAGUGGGACACUCGUGCCUCCAUAUACCGGCACGCCCAUCUCUACCAUCAUCGAGCAAGACGGCAAAUAUGAUCUUCUCGCCUACAUGAACAAAUUCUGGAUCGCCCAAGACACUCCUAACUGGUACCUCUGGGCUCACGAAUUCUCCAAACACGCAACCUGUUUCUCCACCUUUGAUACCCCCUGCUACGGUCCCUCCUACAACAGUACCGGUACUCCCUCCAGCGAUCUCAUCUCCUUCUACACCACCGCUCUCUCCUAUUUCUCUACUCUCCCCACAUAUGAUUAUCUCUCUAAACAUAAAAUCAUCCCGUCAAAUACAACUACAUAUACGCUCUCAAAACUUCAAUCGGCGCUGAAGAAGGAAGUUGGUGCUGUGCCUUAUAUAGGGUGUUCGGGACUGAGGUUCAAUACUACGGCUGCGGGGAGGAAUAGUACGGAUAGUGGGUAUACGGUUGUGAGUGAGGUUUGGUAUUAUUUUCAUGUGCUGGGGCGGGUGCAGGAGGGGAGGAAAACGCCGGUGGGUGCGGAUAUUAAUGGGGGGAGUGUGAGUAGUUGUGCGACUUCUAAGGGGGCUUUGAGGUAUUUGGAACGGGCUCCUGGGUCUGUGAGAGGGUCGAGUGGGAGUCAUGAGUUGGAGGGAGUCUUGGAUUCAUGA